AAGUAAUAUAUUUAUACAUAUAUCUUUUAGAUUGUUUUCGAUAAAAUGCCAGCCCCUGUGUUGGCACGUGGCUUAAGGUCAUUGCCUUAUCUUAAUCUAUUCAUACAUCGUUGUUUUACCAACAAAGCUGUACCAUCUUCAUGCAGUUGGAAAGUCUCAAAAACCACCAACGUCAAGAAAAAAGUAAAUUUAGAUCCAGAAACUGUGAAUUAUAUAAAACAACUUUCACUUGUGGAACUGGAUGGACAUAAGGAAAAAGAAACAAUAGAAGAAGCAAUCAAUUUUACUGAGCGAUUACAUGAACUGAAUACAGAUGGCAUAACCCCAAUGGUUUCUGUGUUAGACCACUCAUCAUUACAACUGAGGAAAGACAUUCCAUCUGAAACUUCUCAGUUAAUAUUAACCAAUGCAAAAGAAGUUUUAGAACAAUAUUUUGUUGCUCCGCCUGGAAACAUUAUAUUUAACUCUGAAGAAAAAAACUCAUCAACAAAGCAAAUGGGAACAAAAUUAAAGCAUAGCGUUUAAAAAAACAUCAAUUAAUUUAUAUCUCUUUUAACUAAAUACAUUUCGUGCCAAAAUACUAAAUUUAAAUUGCAUUUUUGAACAUGUAUAUAUUCCUACUUGUGAUGAAAAUGAACCGCUUUUUUAUAUGUUAAACUGAUUCAUUGAGGAUAUUGGAUUAUUGGAUCUCAUCUGUAUAGAGUCAAUACCAUUAGUUUGUACGUGAUAACAUAUUUUUCACAUUUUUGUUGGAACUUGAAUUUAUUAGUAUGAGAAUGGCUCUUCAAAACCAUAUGGUUUCAGUUUUGGUUAAAAUUAGCGAAUCAUAUAAUUUUAUUAGUUUGCCAAG